GACCGCAGCUUACUUGGUGUGUCGCGAAUGUCUUGGAUUUCGUGGUGUCAGCGUGCUAGAUCAUGUAGUGCGACGCAUUGACACCUUCAUGGACUCCUUCUCUGGCCCGGGGGCCGUCAUACAGGCCUGCAAGCAAGGAUCAUCUGCCAGGAGUCUUAAGUACUUGGCAGCUCGCGACACCGAGUCAUUUUGGAAGGAAGCCGCAUCACUAGCUGCCACUUGCGGCCAUGUGCAUGUGCUACGUUGGCUAUCCGAAUUUCAUUCUGAUCGAUGCGAAUGGGGACCAGCUGUCAUGAACGGCGCGGCCCUGUGUGGCCACCUCGACGUGGUGCAAUGGCUUCAUGAGAACAGAAGUGAAGGAUGCACCGUACACGCCAUGGAUAGCGCUGUCAGGAAUCGCGAUUGGGCAAUGGUGCAGUGGCUUCACACAAACCGCAGUGAAGGAUGCUCGAGAGGGGCAAUGGACUGGGCUGCCGCAGCUGGAAAUUUGUCCUUGGUGCGGUGGCUCCAUACACACCGAAGUGAAGGAUGCACAACAAGAGCGAUGGACUGGGCUGCUGCUGCGGGACAUUUGGAGACGGUUCAGUGGCUGCACAACAACAGGAUCGAAGGGGGUGCUGGACGCGCUCUUCGCACUGCGGCGAGUAGCGGCCACUUGGACGUCGUACAAUGGCUGCAUGCAACGAGGGGUAUGGAGCAGAGCGGUGAUAUGGACAGUCUAGCGGCACUCGAAAUCGCCGAAAUGCACAAUCACCGGGUCGUAGCUGACUGGUUGCAAGCACAUCUUAAGUCCUCAGAGUGUGAGCUAGGACAUCAAGCCACUUUCCAAGCAAAUCCGCCUGAACAAGCCCGCUGUCAUUUGAUGUGGGAGUAUCCUGUGCUGUAUGUGCGGACGGGAACACCGACGACGGCGACGUCGUCGACAGCAGCGGCACGUGGCACGCGCGUGAUGGACGACCAGCUCCGGGCAUGGGCUCUCUAUGAUAUAUCCGGAGCGCGGGCUCCGGACACACUGGACACGAUGAAGGAUCACUUCCGGCGCUUCGGCAGACUGCGGCAGUAA